GAUCCGCGGGGAUGAUGCCUGGAUGACAGAGCCUAUUAUGCAGCGGUAGGACGCUUCUGGAAAAGAAAAAGGCGCACGUUUCCUUUGCGCCAUUCGCGGCCUGAAACGCGACAGUGCGUCAGAGCUGCGCCAGAAUGCCACAGCGCCGAUGAUGUUGUUGCAGUAGCGGGUAUUAGCUGUUAGCAGAGGCCGAACAGUGCAGCCUUCACCGGGGAGGAGCGCAGCUGUUCAGCCCGCGGGAGAAGCACGGAGCCCGGCCACAGAAUGAGAAGCAGGCCCUGAAAGCGAAAAGGCGACAUCCACUGCAGAUAUGGCGUCCCAGGUACAGGUCUUCUCCUCUCCAUCUGUCUCCUCCAGCGCCUACUCCCGCUCCAAAAGGCUCAAAGUGGAAAACCCUUCUUGGGACCCAGUGUCUAACAACCAGCUGGACAACAACAACUACUACCAACAGCAAAGCCCGGCGCAGGGAAUCGCACCCUCGACCUCCGGCUCCUCCUUCAACGCCAACCACGUCUACAACUCCAACGCUCAGACCAGACAACCGGAGCAGACUGUCGUGCGGGCGGCCGACAGCACCGGGAGCCUGCGCGGUCCUCCGUCUUGCUCCUCGUCUUCCUCCACUUCGAGCCGGCGCGUUAAAGAUGCGGAAUCGACGUCGCAGCUCUACCACAAACAGUACAGUCUGAAGCGAAAGAGCGAGGAGGUGGACAGCAGCGACAGUGUACAAAUAUUAGAGGAGCUAUCGGCGCCCGUGGUUUCGAACCGGACGGCAGGAGGAGGGGGGACCACCACGGCGCAGUCCAUUGCACAUUCUACGUCUACCACCAAAAGCAGCACGUCUCACAGCGAGGGGGACUAUCAGCUCGUGCAGCAUGAGAUCCUGUGCUCCAUGUCCAACAGUUACGAGGUGCUGGAGUUUCUGGGCAGGGGGACGUUCGGGCAGGUGGCGAAAUGCUGGAAGCGAGGGACCAAUGAGAUAGUGGCCAUUAAAAUCCUGAAGAAUCAUCCGUCGUACGCGCGCCAAGGUCAAAUAGAGGUGAGCAUCCUGAGCCGCCUGAGCACGGAGAACGCAGACGAGUUUAACUUUGUGCGUUCCUACGAGUGUUUCCAGCACAAGAACCACACGUGUUUGGUGUUCGAGAUGCUUGAGCAGAACCUUUAUGACUUCCUCAAACACAGCAAGUUCAGCCCUCUCAUGCUCAAGUGCAUUAGACCCAUCCUCCAGCAGGUGGCGACAGCGCUGAUGAAGCUGAAGAGCCUUGGGUUGAUUCACGCUGAUCUGAAGCCGGAGAACAUUAUGCUGGUGGACCCUCUGAGGCAGCCCUACAGGGUGAAGGUCAUAGACUUUGGAUCGGCCAGUCACGUGUCCAAGGCUGUGUGCUCCACCUACCUGCAGUCGCGCUACUACAGAGCUCCGGAGAUCAUCCUGGGUCUUCCCUUCUGUGAGGCCAUCGACAUGUGGUCUCUGGGCUGUGUGAUCGCAGAGCUGUUUCUGGGCUGGCCUCUGUAUCCCGGAGCCUCUGAGUACGACCAGAUCCGGUACAUCUCUCAGACACAGGGCCUUCCAGCAGAGUACCUCCUGAGCGCAGGCACCAAAACCAGCCGCUUCUUCAACAGAGGCCCCGACUCCAGCUACCCCCUGUGGAGACUCAAGACACCAUCAGAGCACGAGGCAGAGAUGGGGAUUAAGUCGAAGGAAGCGCGGAAAUACAUCUUUAACUGUCUGGACGACAUGAUGCAGGUAAACAUGACUAACCUGGAGGGCACAGACAUCUUGGCGGAAAAAGCCGACCGCAGAGAAUUCAUCGACCUCCUGAAGAAGAUGCUGACUCUGGACGCAGACAAACGCAUCACCCCCAUGAAAACCCUCAACCACCCCUUUGUGACCAUGACCCACCUGCUGCACUUCCCCCACAGCUCACAUGUGAAGUCGUGCUUUCAGAACAUGGACAUCUGUAAACGCCGCUGCAGCGCCUUUGAAAAUGGGAAGAACAUGUUCAGUAACAACACUCCGAGUGCAGCCACCAACCUCACGGUGACCUUCAGCAGCCAGCUCAACCAGCACAACCAGAUGGCUGCGACAGGAGGCCAGUCCCUGUCUCUGAGCAGUAAUGUGCCGUUACUGAACUACCAGCCUGGACUUUACCAACAGGCCACCAUCAACAUCCCAGGACUGACCCAGCAGAGCGUCCCUCUACAGACACGCUCCAGCCAGCUCUGCCCCCAGACGGAGCCCUUCCAGCAGACACUCAUCGUCUGCCCCCCCACCAUUCAAGGCCUUCAAACGUCCAGUAAACCCUCUGGAUAUCCUGUGAGAAUGGACAACUCUGUUCCUCUAGUUCCUCAAAACCAGUCGUCUCAGCCGCUCCACAUUCAGCCCGGCAUGUUAGCACAGCAGGGCUGGCCCACAGGCACUCAGCAGAUCCUGAUCCCCUCCACGUGGCAGCAGAUGCCUGGGAUGACGCUCCAUAAUCCUGGGCAAGCUGUGGUCCCGGACUCACCCAUGGGUGCUCCUCUGUCAGACCCCCAGCACAGUGCAGGGUGGAGGGGUCGUCAUGGCAGCCAGUGUGACGGAGCUGCUCAGGAGUCCAGCCGCCAUAACACAGGCCCCGCCCACUCCAGGUCCCAGCAGAAGAGAGGGAAGGGCCGGCACGAGAACAGAACCAGAGCCGUGGUGGUGCACAGUACUGCAGCGGGGGACCAGUCUCAACCCAUCGUGAUCUCGGACACGCCCAGUCCAGCCGUCAGCAUCAUCACCAUCCACAGCGACUCAGAGGACGAAGAGGACAAGAAGCAACCGCCCACCUGUUCUGGCACUAGCCAAAGGACCAAUGUGAUCAGCUGUGUGACCGUCCACGACUCCCACGACUCAGACUCCUCCCUGAGCAGCCCCCUGAGCCCGAAGAGCUCCACCCAGACAGCCAAAUCCACCGCUGUGAUCAUGCCCAGUGUGAGGAGCCAGGGGGCGCCAGAGGGGGCAGCAGUGCACAGGCCACAGGACAGAGCACAGGACAGAGCACAGGACAGAGCACAGGACAGAGCACAGGACAGAGCUCAGGACAGAGCUCCGGCCAACCAGGUGUGUUGUAUUCAAACUACAGAACCAGCCCCAAGUGGAAAGUCUAAGAAAUCCUCUCAGCCCAGUCAGAGCGGAGACUCCUCUGAGAGACAUCAGCGCAACGCCACCAGUAGAUCCCAACCCCUCAACCUCAGUCAGGUGCAGCAGUCAGUCUUGUCCUCCACUCAUGACCAAACAGCAAGUGCUUCGCUCAAACGCCAGCCCACGUACCCUCCUCCCGUCUCCCCUCACGCCUCGUACCGCCUCCACGAAAACACCGCCCUCUUCAGCUCCGCCCCCAACCUGUACGCCUACCCCGCCUCCGCGGCGCUGGCCUCCGUGUCCCAGGCCGUGGACCAGAUGCAGGGCAGGCAGAGCGGCACCUACCCCUCCCUGGCCCUGCUCCAGAAGAACCCCCAGUACCACCACGCCCACAACCACCACCAGGCCCAGCACCAACAAGCACAUGCCCACCACCCACACCACCUCGCCGGGCAGCCUUUCCACCGCUCCAGUGCCCCCUACCAGAGAAAACUCAACCCGUACCCCUACCUGUGAGGACCGGGCUGUGAGUGAGACCAAAAGGGGAGAGACUAGACAGGAGCACAAGUUCAUAAGAGCGGGUUUGACUUGAAUUUAUCCAACGUUCUUUGUCUGAGCUCCAAACCACUGGAUGUGUCACCUGCAGCUGUAUAUAGAGACUACCUGUGCAUUCUCAUAUCAUCUGGUAAACAUAACAACAUAAUUUAAAAUGACAAAAACGAUACUAAAUUAGAUAUAAACUUAAACUUGCACGAUGUAAUUUUUCUGUUAGGGGUCAGUCAUCUACUUCACAUGGAGAAGUAGUUGUUUUGCUUGGAAUGUUCCACAGUAUGGCACUAAACUAAAUCUGUCUGUAUUUAUUCUACUACAGGGGAGGUUACUGCUCAAAAAAUACUUUCAUAACAUGCAGUCUUACAGUGAGCAGGCCAGCCUCUCCAUUGAUCUGACCUGUAACUCACGUCCUUGGCUCCGUGACAGAUGCCUUUAAUGCUGUCCUCUGGAACAUUUAGCAUUAGAAAAGUUACAUAGUGCUAACCUGAUCCAUCAGCCAGUUUCACUUCUUGGAAACCGUUAAACCUAGGAUUCGUUCGCUCAACAGUAGGCGAGGACUUUUUUAUUUAACCAAUCGCUGCUAUUUGGUCGUGACAUAUGUAAUGCGCCUAAUCCCGUAGGAAAAAGAGCAAUAACGUCUUCCCCUUUAAUAAAAUUCACCAAACAUUCUCUUUGUUCCGGCUUUAAAUCCUCGAUCUUGGGAACUGUUACUGAAUUGCACUGAAUAUAUGGCUCUUCGCUGAUUGGCUGGUGCCUGAACUCGUACUUCCAGGGUUUUUACGAACCGUCUAGUGUAUUCUGAUUCCUGACCUAGUCUCUGGAGAGAAAUGAAAUUGAGCAGAGACACUAGGUGGCGACAGCCUGGCUACACGAGGCCUGUUUCUUGAGAAAAAUAUUGAGUUACAAAAUAUUAUAGAUCUGCCUGCAGGGGAUCUCAAACUGUAAAAGUGAAUCAGUUAUUCUAUUUAAAACCUUAAACAUCAUGAGUUUGUUUAUGUGGCAAAAUUACACUAUAACAGGGGUCUCCAACCUGUAACUCAGAAGCUACCAGUAGGUCUCCACCCUCUUCCAAGUAGCUCGCCAAGAGAUUUUGGAAUUAUAUUUUGAUCUGAAUAAUAAUAAUUUAAAAAAAAAGUUUAUUACAUGCCUAUUGCCAUUCUACAUGUAGCAUUUUGUAGCCCAACUUUGUGCCCUAAUAAAUGGACAAUGGUUUAUGUUUUAUAGGCGUCUUACUGUAGGCUUGCCAUUUUUCUUAUAAUUUUCUCAAUUUCUUGCGGCUGCUAAAAUGAGUAGUAGAGUGACAUUUUUGUUUCUCACUAGAGGAAAAAGGUUGGAGACUAUACAUUAUAUUUUUAAGAUGUUCACAAAACUUUUCAAAACUGAAAAUGUAUGUCUAAAGUCACAUAAUAAAUGACCAAUAGACGUACUGAUGAAUGCACAUAUUUACAGUUCAUUUCUUCCAUGACGUGCGCUUAAACGAGCAUGACCGGGUGACAUAUCCAGCGAGU